AUGAACCGUUCAGAAGGUCCCCUUGGUAUGCUCGUUCACGGAGUCACCUCGGGCAUUGGCUUUGCGACCGAAGUAUACGGAUACAAAAAGUCGAAAAAAGCAGCGAAAAAGGAGCGAGAGCAGAAAGAACGUGAAAUAUCACCAUCCCCUUCCGACUCUUCCCGAGAAGAGAAGAAUGGAUUUCCAAACGAGAAGACAACUGAAGCAGACUAUGCUGCCCACGACGAAGUCGAACGCUCAUGGCAACUCGACGAAGCACAAGACACCCUCGUCGAAUCUAAACCCCACAAAAGCAAAUCCGGCGUCGCCAACCCAGAUAAGGUCAUCGGCGCCUUUCUCCAACGUCAACCUCCCCCAUAUUCAUCAUCAGCAGACGGCAUCCCCAUACACAGACUCACAUACCCCAUCGCAAUCCCCCAGCGCCGUCCCAAAGAUAAAAAGCGAGGUUUUAUCCGCGCCUACGCCCCCGACCUACAAAACAUGGGCAUCAACCAGGAUAUGUGGUUUGAUUUCAUCGAGACGCUGAAUGAAGCCAGUCUUGCGAACCCGUGGAUCAACGCGAUUAAUCUGGCGUCGAUUGCGUUUUCGCCUCUGCCGACUGUGAUUUCGCAGUCGAUUUCCAUGGCGAUUAUGGUUGCUACAACUGUUGCUAUUGAGGCGCAGAGUCGGUAUCGACAAAACAAAGCCCUCGACAAACUCAACAAGGAAUUUUUCAACCCCCGCGGCCUCUUCUGUCUAGUAAUGACCUGGGAUCCGACAUCUGUCAACGCCCGCACCAACGUCAACGUCCACACAACCAUCCAAAACACAAUCGACGGCCAGGGCAAAAUGAAACAUAAAUUUCAAUCUUCCAACGGCAUCACGAAUGGAAUGGAGAAUAUGCAGACUGCACAGCUCGUCUUCCCGGGUCUGGACCUUCUCGCGUCUGCAACGGAUAACGAGCAGAAGGGGUUCAAGGAGAAGAUGAAACGUGGGAAGUUAUUUGUGGAUGAUUAUAUGGAUCGAAAGGCACAGGCGAAGUUUAUCGCGGAGAAUCCAAAUAGCCACCUCAACCAGGCUGGAAAACCAAAGUUCGUCUCUAAAUAUGCUGAUCCUACGCAUCCUAUGCAUAGCGGUUUAUCCAAUAUUAUGGGCCGCCAACAGCAGAACGGUGGCUCUGGCGGAGGAACCAGCUCUGGACGACGGGAUGGCAUGGAAAGAGGGAUGGGAGGGAGAGGAGGUGGCGGUCCUCUGGGACUGGUCAACAUGGCUAUACAGGCUGUUGGUGAUCAUGGCCAAAAUCGGAGUACUCCACCUGCCCCGUACGGUUCUAACUCUGAACAUUACGAUGAGCACAAGGGACAGCAACAAUAUCAAUAUCAACAACCAUACCAACAAGGCAGUGCAGGAGCUGGUGCUGGGGGUUUAAGCCUAGGCAACCUCUUUCGUUCGAAAGUACUCUACCUAAUGGUCGUCAACAUGCCAACUGACGACGAAAUGGCUCAAGCGCAACGGUUGACUGCUGACUGGAAUAUCCAGGGGCAUCAACAGGAAUUCUAG